GAAAAUAUCAACGAUCCCUAACAGUAUCAAUUCAAUGCAAUUUAUUUGCAAUUAAUUUAUAAUGUAAAAUAAGGUUUUUUAUAUCUUGUUAUUUGUGGUAUUUUAAUUUGGUAAUUAAUUGAUAACAUUAAAUCAUCAUUCCAGUAAUGCUUUUAAAAGCCACCAAUCCAAUAAAAGCAAUCAAUUAGUGAUCAACAUUUCGUUUCGGUGGUACAGUAAUAGUGAAAUUGAUGAUACAAUUAUGAUUUUUGAUCUUUCGAGUACAUUGACAGGUCAUAAAGAUCGUGUUUGGGCAGUUAAAUGGAGACAUUGUGGUAAAAUUUUAGCAUCUUGCUCAUCGGACAAGGAUAUACGAUUAUGGAAACAGUCACAGAAUGAUGAUAAUUGGAGUUGUGAUUAUGUUUUAUCAGAGGGGCAUCAGCGAACUAUACGAAAUAUCGAUUGGUCAGAUGAUGGUAAUUAUUUGGCUGCUUGCAGUUUCGAUGCUACAACAAGUAUUUGGGAAAAUAAAUCUGGUAAAUGGGAUUGUUCUCUCAAUCUUGAGGGACAUGAGAACGAAAUUAAAUGCGUUAGUUGGUCACCAUCAGGAAAACUUUUAGCUACUUGUGGCCGAGACAAGACUGUUUGGAUUUGGGAAAGAAUAGAGGAAAAUGAAUUUGAAUGUGCCAGUGUAAUUACAGCCCAUAGUCAAGACGUUAAACGAAUAAAAUGGCACCCAAAGGAACCAUUUAUAGCUUCUUGUAGCUAUGAUAAUACCAUACGAUUUAGCAAAGAGAUUAACGAUGAUUGGUCAUGUUACCAAACUUUAGACCUUCAUGAAUCUACAGUGUGGGCAAUUGAUUUUAAUGCAACUGGGGAUCGUCUGGUUUCUUGUUCAGAUGACAAAACUGUGCGAAUAUGGAAAGCUGCAGAAGACAAAUGGACGUGUAUAGCAACGUUGUCUGGUUAUCACAAUCGACCAAUUUACGAUGUAUCUUGGUCACCAACUAGCAAUUUAAUAGCUAGUGCUGCUGGUGACAAUUCCAUUGUUAUUUACAAGGAAACUCAACCAGACUUUUUCGAAGUUUUAAUUAGAAAAGAAAAAACUCAUACUUGUGACGUGAACUCAAUUUCUUGGAAUCCCGUCAAGUCCAACCUUCUAGCUUCUUGUGGAGAUGAUGGACUAGCAAAAAUUUGGGACAUCAAAUAACUAUAUUGAUAGGAUACUAUCAUUAAAUCUCUUUUUGGUAACCAUUUGAAAAUUUCAGAUAAAUCUAUUCAUCAUUUUUGAUCAUAAACUUACUCAAAAAAAAGUGUAAAACAGCAAACAAGUGUGAAUAAAAUUAAUUUACCAUAGAA